GUGGUAUAUAGCAUGGAAACAAUUCAUCCUGAUAUGGGCGAUAUACUCCUCCUUCUUCACACCUCUCGAGUUCGGAUUCUUCAGAGGGUUACCGGAGAACCUGUUCCUCCUCGACAUUGCUGGUCAGUUUGCUUUUUUCAUCGAUAUUCUCGUACAUUUUUUCGUUGCCUACAAGGACGCUCAUUCUCAUCGCCUUGUCUGCAAUCACAAUCUCAUCGCCAUCCGCUACUUAAAAUCUCGUUUCCUGCUUGAUUUUCUGGGUUGUUUGCCUUUGGAUGCCAUUUACAAGGCUUGUAACAGAAAAGAAGCAGUGAGGUACCUGCUGUGGAUCAGGCUAAGUCGGGCUCUUCGAGUGACUGAAUUUUUUGAAAGAAUGGAGAAAGACAUUCGUAUUAAUUACCUUUUCACAAGAAUUAUAAAACUUUUUGUUGUUGAGCUUUAUUGUACUCAUACAGCGGCAUGUAUCUUUUACUACCUAGCCACUACAUUGCCUCCUGCAAAAGAAGGCUAUACAUGGAUAGGGAGCUUGAAGAUGGGAGACUACAAUUACUCCCAAUUUAGAGAAAUAGACUUGUUGACACGCUACAUAACUUCUCUAUAUUUCGCCAUUGUCACCAUGGCAACUGUUGGUUAUGGAGAUAUACAUGCUGUCAACAACAGGGAAAUGAUAUUUAUUAUUAUCUUUAUUUCUGGUGAUAUGAUUCUUGGUGCUUAUUUACUUGGUAAUAUGGCUGCACUGAUUGUGAAAGGAUCAAAAACAGAAAGAUUUAGAGAUAAAAUGACAGAUUUAAUCACAUAUAUGAACAAAAACAACCUUGGAAAGGCAAUAAGCAACGAGAUCAAAGGCCAUGUUCGCUUACAGUAUGAGAGCAGCUACAGUGAUUCAGUUGUUCUUCAGGAUAUUCCUGCUAGCUUUCGAGCCAAGAUCUCACAGAAGUUAUAUGAGCCAUACAUUAAAGAAGUUCCUCUUUUUAAGGGAUGCUCUCCUGCAUUUAUCAAACAGAUAGCGAUUAGAGUUCAUGAAGAACUUUUUCUUCCUGGGGAAGUGAUUAUUGAAGAAGGAAAUAUAGCAGAUCAGCUUUACAUUGUUUGUCAUGGGAAAUUGGAGGAUAUGAGAGGAAAUGAGAAGGAAGAGGGGAAAUCUGUUCAGAGUUUGGAUAGUUCAAGCUCUCUGAAUGAAAUAUCACUUCUUUGUAACAUUCCAGCACCUGAAACAGUUCGUGUUGCUGAGCUGUCAAAGCUGCUGCGCGUUGAUAGGCAAUCUCUUACAGAUAUACUUGAGAUACACUUUUCUGAUGCCAGGAUCAUUCUAGAUAACCUACUUCAGGGAAAAGAAACACACCUCCGUAACAAGAUUUUGGAGUCUGAUAUAACACUUCAUAUUGCAAAACAUGAAUCUGAAUUGGCCCUCACCUUAAAUUCUGCUGUCUAUAAUGGUGAUACUUAUCGUGUUAGGCGUUUGGUUGCAGCUGGAUUAGAUCCUAAUAACACCGAUUAUGAUGGAAGAUCACCUUUGCAUAUUGCUGCAAUGAAAGGUUUUGAAGACAUUGUUAAGUUUCUCAUGGAAAAAGGAGCAAUAAUCAAUGCUACAGAUAAUCAUGAAAAUACACCAUUAUUCGAAGCAAUCAAGAAUGGACAGGAUGAGGUGGUUUCGAUGCUUGCGGAAGCAGGAGCAUCAUUAGAUAUGAAUAAUAAUAAUAAUAAUGCCGGGAAUUGUCUUUGUAUGGCUGUUGCAAAGGGGGAUUUUGAAUUUUUAAAAAGAGUUUUGGCAAAUGGAAUUAAUCCUAAUUCCAAAAAUUAUGAUCUUCGUACACCACUUCAUAUUGCAGCUGCAGAAGGCUUCUAUUCAAUUGCUAAGUUGAUAUUAGAAGCUGGUGGGAGUGUAAUGUCCAAAGACAGAUGGGGUAACACGCCUCUUGAUGAAGCUCGAGUAGGUGGAAGUAAGAAACUGAUAAAAUUAAUGGAAGAUGCAAUCUUGGAUGCUGGGAAAACUAUACCAACUCGCUUCUAGUUCUAUCCACCAUUCUACUCUCCUUGACUAUGUUUAGCAUAUGAGUAUGCACAUACUAUUUAUAAUGUUAUAUCACUUGUAUUGUUACUUUUACUCUUAUUAUUACUAUUUAUAUUGUUAUAUCAAUUGUAUUUUUAUAUUACUUUUAUUUAAAUGGAAGUAAAUGUGAAACGACCUCCAUGUAGACA